CGGCUGUUCUCUGCGCGUGCGCAACACUGCUCCAGGAGUGCUGUUUCGGUCUGUUCCGCGGCCGCUCGGUCAUUUUCGCCUCUUUGUUUUACUGAUAGUGGAUUUAACUCGGAUUCAACCCAAUAUCCAGCGGACUGUGCUGCUCCCAAACAGGCUCCAAUGAGAGGCUCUCCAUGAUGAGGAGCUAACACUGUCGGCCGCACAACCGCAGGAAGAGACGUGGGCCGCUGCACCAUCCACGGACGACGCAUGGCGGUAUUAGGGAACCCCGACAUGCUGACGAGGAAGAUAAAGCUGUGUCACAUCAAUGCCCACAUCACAUGUCGUCUGUGUGAGGGCUACCUGAUCGACGCCACCACCGUCACAGAGUGCUUACACACCUUCUGUAGAAGCUGCCUAGUGAAGUAUCUGGAGGAAAACAACACGUGCCCUACAUGUAGGAUUGUUAUUCAUCAGAGCCAUCCACUGCAGUAUAUCGGCCAUGACAGAACAAUGCAAGACAUUGUCUAUAAGUUGGUACCGGGACUUCAAGAGGCGGAGAUAAAGAAGCAGAGGGAGUUCUAUCAGAAGUUGGGGAUGGAGGUGCCUGGAGACAUUAAAGGAGAACUUUGCAACAUGAAGACUCAUCUAGAUCAGCGCAAUGGCGAUACAAAAUCAGAGGACACGGCCAAUAAGGAGGCAGGAGAGGAGAAACCAGAAGAGGACAACGACUAUCACCGUAGCGAUGAGCAGGUCAGCAUCUGCUUGGAAUGCAACAGCAGCAAGCUUCGAGGUCUGAAGCGCAAGUGGAUCCGCUGUUCAGCACAAGCCACAGUCCUCCACCUCAAGAAGUUCAUCGCCAAAAAGCUUAACCUGACAUCAUUUAAUGAGCUGGACAUUUUAUGCAAUGAGGAAAUCUUGGGAAAGGACCACACUUUGAAAUUUGUUGUUGUGACAAGAUGGAGAUUUAAGAAAUCCCCCCUCCUGCUCCAUUACAGACCCAAGAUGGAUCUGCUGUAGCUAAAACGGACACAGCGGUUGUUUUUUUGUUUUUCUUUGGCCCAGUGGCCGCGGACUGUGCCGAAACCUUUUUAUUUAUGCAAAGACUAUCAACCAACACCAAGCAAAGCCCGACGGUAAAAGUCAACACAAGCCAGCAAAUCGGGAUCUAAAGGGGGGUGGGCAAAUACGACAAACUGGCAACCUCCAGCACAGAUACUGCAACACUGGUGUGUUUUUAGGAACUAAAACAACCCUUUUUUUGUCCGCUACAUCCUAGAUAUGUGAACAAAAAAAAAAAAAGAACAAAAAAAGAACAACUAAUGGAGAGAAAGCAUAUAUUUAUACUUUUGUACAGAAGAGACACAUGGAACCAAGACACUACUGGUGCUCUGUUUACACGCAAACACGAUGUCGAGAAUCACGUGACCGUCUUUUUGAGCUUCAUGCAGAUUUCAUCCUCCUGAGACAAUGACUGAGAGGAGAGGAGGAAGUUUUUUAUAAAAAGGUGUUUUUUUUCUUUUCUUUUCACAAUACACUCGACACAUCUUGGGAGCACAGAAAGUAUAUGGAAAAAGUUAUAUAGCAGGCAUCAAUUUUAAGCUGUUUAUCAAGUAAAUUGUCUCUGAAUCUUUUUUUUUUUUUUCCAUUUUGUUGGCUUUGUCUAAUUUGCUAUUGGGUUCUUGAUGAUUGUCAAUUGUGAAUAGGCUAAAAUGUUUUGUGUAGUAAUUUAUGUUCUAUAUACCAAUAUUGUACAUAAAAUGUCAUUACAGAGAGAGACUUUAGACUGUUAAAAAAAAAAAAAAAAAGAGUGGAUCCCAGAAGUGCUAUCUAUAUUUUGGGCGAUAAGUGUCCGGAGGUGAUAAAUUAGGAUUUUUAAAGACAGACUCAUUAUCAGUAUCAAAAUAUAUAAAUGCAUCUUUAUGUUGUCUGAGAAAGACACAAAACAUAUAUAUCAAAUCCUCUGCCAUUUUUGUGUAUGUGGGGUCUAAGUAUGUUACAUUGCUCUCAUGGCAUUACAAGACUUUAGGGCAGAUAAGAAGAAAGCUUCAAAACUAUUCCCCCACCCCCAUGCUCCUCAUCUCACCUGCCUUCUAUGGAAUACAGCUACCAUUGUCUUUUUUUGUUUGACUUGGUUUUUUGGACAUUAUUAUCAACCAAUUCUGUCUUAACAAUAAUGCUACACAAAACACUCAUGUUCAAAAAUGCCUGCAAGACAUAAAAAUGCAAUAUUUGGGCAGAGAACUUGUUCAUUUUUUAUUGAUUUUAAUCUCUACGUUUUCACACCAUGCAGUCCUUAAUAUCCAUCCUUGUGUUUCUGUAGUCUUUCAGCAGCACCACCAAGGCAAAUACACCCACAUGUUUACAGCUUCUGGGUUGAGCGGCUCUCAGCAGAUGUUGUUGGCACCCUGCACCCUUAUACCAUGCAUUUCCGUCUGCUAUGUUUGUUGAAAUUUUACUGCAAAACUCGCUCAAAGCUGCAAUACAACAUUUCUUUUUUGUAGUCUCACUUGUCUUAACAGUGGGGCUGCAACAGAGCAUCUUAUUUGUCCAAAUGAAAUUCUGGUGUUAAGUAUGGACGUUUUCUCGCCCACAGGAAGUUAAUUGACAUUUGUAAUUUAACAGCAAAAUAUAAAGUGUCUGGUAAACUGCAAGCCUUCUCUUCAGAGCUGGACUUCCUCAGUAUGAAGCACCAUAGACAGGCCGGUUUGACAAACAUGAGUGCAGUGAGUGCAGAUUACUGAUGUCACAUUGUUGUGUUUAUGGGGUAUUUUUCAGUUACUUCUCACUGCCAGUUGGAGUUGCAAAUGUGCAAAGUUGCACAGUGUUUAAGAAAAUCAAUUUAAGAACCUUUCUGAAAGUCAAGUGGAUAUCGUUUUUGUCACAAAAUCAGUAUAGACAGUGUUCAAUAUUGUUGACUUCGCAAGACACAAAUUUACAAAUCUUUUUGAGAAAUAACAAAUUCAGGUUUCACACAGGUACUGAGGUUUUUUGAACAUUUUGAUAAUGAAAUUCUGGAUAAAAUGACUAAUGUUUGGUCAUUUGGUGCUUAUAAAUGUAUGUUUAUAAUCUUGAGGAGGAUUGUUCCUCAGGACCAUGCUGUUCUUACUGUAACUUUGUGACACAGCAAACCAAUGUUCUGUUUAACAACAAAAUGUCUUAACUCACAACUUUCAAAGCAAACUGCUAAACUGUCUUUAACAUAACCACAACUGGAUCCCUAAACGCCGUGUCAGACCUCAAGUAGUAUUACCUCACUGACCUGUCUCGUCAGUAAUUAAACAAUUAUUAACCCUUGGCAUUGUAUCUGCCCAAAAUAAGCUGUUUUGUCUGUAUGUUCACAUGCAGGGUUCCUAUUCAUCAUUAGGUUCCAAAAGUCUGGAAAAAUAUAUUAAUUUGAAAACUGUUGUGAAAUUGUAUAACAAGCCUGAAAAGUAUGAAAAAAACAACAACUCAUGAUCCAAAUACAUACAGUAAAUCGGAAAUCCUCUCAUCAUUCCCAGUGUUGUGGUAUUUGCAGUUUUGUAUAGUAAUAUUCAGGCAAAGUCAGUUAGCUCAUCCACCAUUGUAUAUCUGUCAUAAUCUUUAAAUCCAAGAUUUGAGAUUUGGAAGUGGAAAAAUGUAUAGGAACCCUGCCACAUUAGGACCUAUGACGUGUGUAUUAAAUUAACGUUUUUAUAGCCUACAGGUCUGUACCUAACCAGCUCAACCAAAACUCCUCCUGCAGUCUUUGAUAUCCUCUCUCCGUGUUUCAGUUCACUUACGGUGACCUUUAUGUUUAUGUUUCAAGGCCCUUUAUCCAGUAACCUAUGUAAAGUGUUCGUUGUUUUUUGGGGGCAGAUCUAAGAUCAUGCAAAGUAUGCGUUUAAAAAAAAAAAGAAGGUUAAAAUGGCCUCCUGUUUGCCUGGAGUUGGUGCAUGUUUGGUUCCGAAUUGCACCAGGUUGCCAGACCCUGGCAUACCUGCUUGCAGGUUUAGGUGAAAAUCUGAUUAUAAAUAUAUAAUUUGCAGCACAAGAAAUUGCAGUUUUUGCCAUUUAUUUUUAAAUUAUUCUUGUGUUUUCUCCCCAUUUUUCUCUUCCCUUUUAUUCCUAUUAAAAAGCAAACACAUCUUGUGAGCAUUACCAUCUUGUCAGCUCACAGAAGAGUAUUGUGUCAGAACUUGUUGAUAAUCCCCACAAAAAUAUUGUAAUGUGCGCUAUUAUGUCUUUGUAAGUGCAGACUUGGUGUUUUAAAGGCUUCUACACAGGCUGUUUCAUAGAAACAAGGCCAUUGUCAAGUAAAUUUUGUCCAGUUGUCAAAGACAUUCUGAGGUCGACGUCACAGUGAUCUGGUUUGCAAUUUUAUGCAAGGAAAGUGCUGUUUGACCCUGGCAUCAGGCAUCCCAAAUGUUAAUGUUAUUUUGCCAUUCAGCUCUCUGUAGCUUCAGUCUUGGAUCUUCGCUUCACCCAACAAGAGUCCUCGUCAUAUUUAAAGUGUUGUCACCUCAUGGUUCUCCUGUGAGCAUUCAGUAUAUGAUAAAAUCUCUUAAAUGUACAUAAGCUUUUUCCUCAGGUGAUUAAGCUGUAAAACCCCCCAACAAGGUGCUACUAUAAUGACUACAAACAGAAAAAAAAUGUUAACCCAUACAUUUCUAUAUUAUGCAGAACACUGCAUACACUGAUUUGUACUGUUUAAAAAAGGACUGGCAUUGAAACAAAGGUUACCAGUAUGUGUGUUCAUUUUUUCCCCAUUUUGUUUGAUGUGGUUGCCUUCACGCAGCGGCUUUUCCUGUUUUCACAAAACUCAUCAGAUUUCUUGUCAUUGCUGUGAAGAGGAAAACGUUUUUAUUUUCUUAAUUCAGAUCUCGACCACAUUGAUCUUUAGUACAGUAUCAGAACCUAACAGCUUGUCUACACAGGAGGUGUUUCAGCUGUGUUUUUCAGACGUCUCACACACAGAACAGAUACACUGUCUUGAUUUGUCAUCAGUGUCGCCAUGGAGGACAAAAACAGUGGAAAGAAGACCAAAUAGCUUGUUUGUGUCUGAAAAGAAUCUCAUGUGCAUAGAUUCAAGGUAAAAAAAAAAAUCUAGUAAAAGGCCAGCUGAAAAGGUACAAAUAUUUUAGUGUUGAUAGUGACAAAACAGUUGCAAAAGAGGAAACGUGCACACAGCUUUCAAUCAAGAAACCAUCAGUUCAGUGGAACUGAUCAUGGUAGAAUGAAAGUAAAACACAGCAGUCUUUUCUCAUUCCAUCAUACAGCAGACACAAAUACACACAAGACUGCAGUGUGAACAAAGCCUUUCACUUUGUCCUUGUGUAUUUGUUGCGUAUCCAAGAACCCUGUGUUCUGUGUGAUGGAUGGGGAAGGCAGGGUCUUCUUUUGGGGAGGGGGGGCUACGCCACAGUUAUGGUCAGAAAUUGUCUCUGCCACUGGUGUUUUCUAUGGUGCUAACAACUCCUUGUUUCAAACUUCAGAUUUCUUCAAGAAAGAUUCAGUCAGACAGAAAAGCACUGUGUCGCGAAGUUCUCCUGUCGCCUUUUUCACACAUCUUUGCACUGUACGUGUACGUCCUCGAGUCCUUGCUUGUCUUCUCUUGUCAGAGCUGUCUCACUGUGCAGAUAAAGAAGGUGCUGUUUUUCAUUGGUUUGUAGGGUUUGGUUUACCCACUUGCCGAGGCUUGCUCUGGAAAGCACAGAGGGAAUUUUAAUAAGUCAGACUGUGACGGGGAUGAUGCUGUGAAAAAUAAAAGAAAACUGGUGAGAAAUUGGGUGUGCUAGCUGCAAUUUUCUGCCUCAAAGAGAAACUCACUUAUUAUAGGCUUCUCCUGUGAGAUGUUUGCGCCUCCUCAGUCAGAUUGAGACUCAAUCUCUAACAGAUAGUUGGCUCUGUAAGUGCAGAACAUCCAUAACUUAAAAAUAAAUAAAUUAAAAACAUCCACACAGGUGAUUUUGUUUUAAUAUUCCCAAAGUUCUCUUGAGCUCUUGGGAAAUUUGACGACCUCAGCACCAGAGAGUUUGUGUGUGCAUGUCUGUGUGUGAAUACUGCUGGCUGCAUCUCCCACCUCCCGUGCACCAGGUUGGAUCGAUGUUCAUGCUUUUUAAUCGGCACCAACAUUGAGACAUCAGUGCCGCUAUGCUUGACAGCCAAGCUAAGAGGCUUACAGGAGGCUCGACUCUGCCUCGCAGCAGAUAGGGUUCGGUAUCAGCUCCAAAAAGGUCUCCGGCGUGGAGGGAGGCCGUGAUAGGUCAGAGCAUCAGCUCUCUAACUCCUCUUUUCUGCUUUUGACCUUGAAUACCUGUCACCCUGCGUGUUAUCUCCUGCUAAGAUCUGUGGGUGAGCUCCGUGAAAUUUCGAUUCAAGGUGAUUUCCGCAGCUUCACGUGGACUGUCAGUACCAGCAGAUCGUAGUAUAUGCUACCACCAUGAUGUGAAGAGGAAUAAACAUUUUACUUGGGCUUCUUUGUACACAGUUUCUGAACUCGAGACGUCUCAGAAGCUUGUUCUGUAAAGGCAGCAACAUUCAUUUCAAGCUUGUUGGCAGCAGAAUCAUUCCUGGCAACUUAAAAUGGCUAUGUUCACUCCGUUGUAAUAAGUGUCCACUCUGGGAGUGUGAUAGCUUUCUUUGUUGCCCAGCUCACUAUUUCUCCCUCAUUUCUGAGUCCUCUGUAAAGCUCAGUAAUCUCACAGGCAGGCUUUGUGUGUGACGGAGAGGGAGACCUCGAGGGUCUCUCAGAUGGCUACAUGGACUAAAACACACCCCACAAAAUAUAUAUUGUCUGGCCCGGGUGGCACUGCACUGCUGCAGCUGAUGCCGCAGCUGCUUUGCUCUGAAAAAGCGCCACGCUCAAGUGCACUGAAUCACGUCACCAUGGGUGAGCAAAUGACGGAUUGUUUUACCACUUCAGGAUUGUGACUGUUGCUUUUAGAGAUUGUUCACUGGUGGUAGGAUCAGCAAAGUCCUUUUUCAAAGACGCAGUAGUUGAAAAUGACUCCUCUUGACUUUUGUGUAUGAGUGAUAGAUUGGGAAUUACUGAAACCAGCAGUCUCAAAUAAAUUGGGAAAAUUGGUCAACAGCUACCAAACCUCACAGUGGCAUGCCCCCAUGAGCCAUAGCAGAUGUCAUCAAUAGAUCUGUCCAGUUUUUUUAUUAUUGUUAUUUAUUUAUGCUGACUUCUGCAGUAGUUUCUUGGUUAAUACAUUUUUGAAAAGUUUUUGCUCACAAAUUUGUAUUUGUCUCUUUUUUUGUGAAACCUAGAACGAACUCAUGCAUAAAAUGGUUUAAAUUAUGAAUUUGCAAUUGAAUUCCCUUUUUUGUAUUAUUCCAAGUGUGUUAAUGUCUACGCAAUGCUCUGUGUAUAACAAACACAUAGGUGUCUUCUUUUUUAGGUCAGGCUUAAAAAAAAAAAAAAACAAGAAAAAAACUAAAUUGUGUGAAUCUGGCAAUGUGGUUAUUGUAUUUGCAAGGAAAAUGUGCAAUAUACGGUUCUCAGAUGGUUCCAGGUUUCAGCGUAGAACUCCAAUGGUUCAUUUUUUUAAACUUUUUUUCUUUUUUCCAGUCAGUUCCUCAGGUCACUAAAUGCCUUCUGGUCCUGAGGGUGACCAGGAAAUCUCAGAACAUACACUAAUGCACCCGAAAUACAAUACGACUGGAUUUUAUUUUAGUCUCGUCUCUCUCUUUUCUUUCCUCACCCUUUUUUUCCUGUGAAACGUUUCUCAGACUUUGUUUUUUUUUUUAUUAUUUUCAGGUUAACACAGGCACUUAUUCAGGUGUCCUUUUCCUUGCCUCCUUUUGUAUUAUUAUUAUUAUUUAUUGCAUAUGUUAUGAACUGGUUUCCAUUGCCACAUAUAAUUCAAGGAGUUUUGGGUCUGGAAUUUCUUACGUACAAAACUACGGAAGCUUUUGUCAAACCUAAGUGUGUAUUUCAUCAAUAAAUGCCUUUAAAAGUG